GCUGCAGCUAAACGACCGAGUGUAGGCUCUGAAUCAAGUUGAUUUAGUUUAUGUUUGGCAAUAAUUGAAACAAGUCCAACUCUUUUUCUAUUUUAUCUGCGUGUAGUUUGUGUAUAUGUUUAUCGUGAAAUCAAUCUAAAGUGUCUAAGCAUUUAACAAAAUAAAAUAACUAAAUAAAUAUAUUAAUGGCGCGUGAAUGUAAAUUAAAUGUUUUAAACGCCUAACAAAUAUAAAAUGAAAAACACUUUCAACCCAAUGCAAAUGGCUUUGUAAUUGUAAAUACUCAGUUGCAAUAUGAACCAGUGGGAAUGAAAAAUCGAUAACUUUACUGUGUUUGCAAGAAAAUAAACUGUUGCAAAUCGACACACACAAACGCAAGCAAAAUGUUUUCGUGAAGCAAGAAAUUAAAAUUUUUUGUUUCACCAAUCAAGUAGAAAGAACUGCUGAUAGGUGAAGGAACAUAAAUUCCACAUCAAAAAAAUAACACCAAGAAAUUUUUUUUAAAAACAAUUGCAUUUCGUCACUCGUAUUUUUUGCGAAAGUUGAAAUUUUUGUGAUAACUUUGUAAAAGUACAAAUUAGUGGUAGAAAAAAGAGAGCUCUUAGACUAAUGUCAAACGUAAAUUAAAUGUUAAGUAACACAAACAACGUUACCACGUUAAGUACCAACAACAAUUUUUUAGUGCAAUAGCGAAAUUUUUUCUACACAAAUAAAAGCUUAACUAACUGACAAAACAUUCCUGCGCAACAUAAACCAAAAUGGCUGUCAAAAUGUACUAGGCCAGCCCUCACAAUGUCUGUCCCUGUACGCUACUCUGCUGCCGCCAAUUACGCCGUCGUUGAAAGUGGUUUGUCAAAUACUCUACAAGAAGAAGAGCAAUACCACCAAUACCAACAGCAACAGCAACAACAACAGCAACAUCAACAACAGUUGUAUUGCCAGUUUGUCGCCAACGCCAACGUCAACGUGAACGCCAACGCUAAUAUCAUCCAUAGCAAUAACAACAACAGUUUAGGUUUGGGUGAGUGCAGCAACUACGUUAACGGCUUUGAGGUACAGCAGCAGUUGAUGCAGCAGCGGUCAUCGAUUGCGUCGUCGGUUUCGCCAACAACUGGAUUACCCGCCAACAGCAACAUCAACAUCAGCAACCACCACCGCAACAUCGUCAUCAACAAUAAUCAGAUUUCAGCUUCAAACAUGGACAACUUGAACAUAAAUAAUAUCAAUGUCCUGCAGGAGAAGGAAGAGCAUCUUCAUAAUAUGCAUCAUGCAUCACAAUAUCAACAACAACAACAACAUUUCGAUAAUCAUUUGGCAAUGAGCGCUGAAAUGUCGACAUGCGAGCAAUCGGAAUUGUCGUCGUCGAGUGGCGUAUCGUUGGGCGGUGGAGUGGUAACGGUGGCGGAAGGUACGAAUUCAGCUAUGUUGGGAGCGUCAACGUCAGCGACGGCGGCGGUGGCAGCGGCGAAUGGAAGCGGCAGUGCAGAAAUGCACGCCGUGGAUGUAGAUGUGGAUGAGUGGAGGAUGUCUGACGAGGGCCGGUAUGGGACACCGGGUGCUGCUGGCUUGGAAUAUCAAAAAUAUGAGCUAGAACAACAACAACAACAAGAAUCACCUGCUAACAUGAUGAACCAACCAAUGGAGUCUUCGCUAAUGGACAAUGAGAAUAGGAAUAUGAAGAAGAACACCAACGACAAUAUGAAAAAUAACAACAGCAAGAAGAACAACACUGUCAACAGCGAUGCCGAUAACUCCACUGACGCUCCGAAUUCGACAAAGAAGGAGAACGAACUGAUUGGUUUAUCGUCGGAGGAGUUGUAUCGUAUGUUGAACGAGUACAAUGUGUUGCAGGAUAAAUACCACACUAUAUUGUUGCUGCCCAGAGAAUCCAAGCGUGAAGUGACAGCCGGUGGACGUGAUGGCUCCGCGUAUGUUUUACGUUGCCUUAAAAUGUGGUAUGAGCUGCCCUCCGAUGUAUUAUUCUUAGCGAUGAGCCUUGUGGAUCGCUUCCUCGACCGCAUGGCCGUGAAGCCGAAGCAUAUGGCUUGCAUGAGUGUCGCAUCGUUCUACUUGGCUAUCAAGCAGCAGGGAUUGAAACCAAUACCUGCCGAUGAGUUAGCAACUAUUUCUCAGGUAAAUCUCAGCAAAUGUGGUUGCACUGCCGGUGAUUUGGAGCGUAUGGCCGAUGUUAUUGCUAAUAAACUGGGUGUCCAAAUGGGCACCACACCGGUCACUGCCGUCACCAUUCUGCGCGUUUUUUACGCACUUUUCCGUAACUUGGCCAAGAGCAUAUGCGAGGAAUUCUAUGAAUUCUAUCUGCGUAUGAUCAAAUUGGAAGAUUUAGAAAAUCGUUUGGAGAAUUUGCUAUGUGAUGUUAAAACUACUGUCGUCACGCCAUCAACUUUGGCAUUGAUACUGAUGUGUCUACAUUUGGAUUUCCACAUCAAGGCGUCUUACAAACGUCAUCGGCCCGAGUUAAAGCCCGUAUUUGAGUUUAUACUGUCUCUCCAGGAGUAUUUGGGUAUUCCCGAUCAGGUAUUCACAUGCGGCUUCUCCAUUGUGUCCGACAUUUUGUCGCACUAUAAUGGCCAGAACAAGCAGCCGUACAAACAACGUCUAGUUUGGAAGUUAUCCAGUCGUACACUGAAAGUGCUGCGCCCAACCAAUCGUUUUUCAACCGACCUACCCACCAUCGAUGAAGGCCAAACGAUUGCCAUGGAUGAAGGCUGUUGUCGCUCAAGAACCGAAAGCAUCAGCUCUGAGGAGGAGGAGGACUGGCCAACCUCGCCCAUAAUUCCGAUUUUUGAACAGUGUUAGUAACAACGGUACACACGCAUUACAGGAUGCGAUCAAUACAUCAGAUUUUUGCUUACGAACUCAACAAAUAACUGCAGGAUAUUUGUUUCGGUUAGGCGGUUUGAGUAGAGGAGUAUGCCAAAAAAACAAAAAUACAAAAAAAAAAAUAUAUAAAAAAAUGAAAUAAAAUAAAAACAAAAUAGUUUGCUUCACAUGAAGGCGCACAAUUGUUGAGCAAAUUGCGAACGAAAGCCAACAAAGUGGAGUUGAAGCGCAGCAGUGAGCCCAACACAAAUCGUUGAGAGAUGACAACAACAACAAUAAUAACAACAACAACAACAUAUCCUGCAUACCAGCAAGAAACUACCACAACAGCCAUUUUGUUUUUAUUUGAAAUCAAGGAAAAAAUAUUUAAAAAGCAAACACAUGGUUUAAAAAUGCGGAUGAAGCGAGAGAGUCAACCCGUCAACGUAACAACGUAAGCGAGGAGUGAGCAAAGGUUUAACGAGAAAAACUAUCAAAAUAUUCAAUUUUUUAACACUAAAAUCCAACUCCCCACUCUGCGAUGUGUGUAUAUUUUGCUAUGCAUCAUAAUUACGGAAAAUUUAAAAUCUUGUUUUUAAAUAUGUAUGUACGUACAUAAGGUAAGCGAAAGAAAGGAAGCGAGAAAAAAAAUGAAUAUGGGUUAGUAAGCGGCGCAGUCGUGUGACAGUAGACAGUUAGAAAAGCUCGUAUAUUGUAGGAAAGAUGUUUAAUUCUUUUUCAAAACUUAAGGGAAAAACACGAAAGAAAAAUAAAAAAGUUUAAAAAACAAAAUUCCACAAAAACAAACAAAAAAAAAAAAAAACUAAAUAAAUGUUGCGGACCAACAUACCAAGGA